UAUAGCUUGCUGCACACUGAGAGAAGGGAGCUCAAGAUCAUCAAACUUUGGCGUAUAGGCACAAUCUUCCCUAAGAACACCCAUAUAAUACUUCUUAGCCUCCACCUUUAUCUGAUCUUUGUCAUGAGACAUUGAACCAUCAAUCAACAGAGAGUGAAUAGAGUUAAUUCUCUGGUUAUAAGAAGCGUUCUUAUGAAAAAACGAGAAUUUCUUUCCCUAUCCGCUGGCCAUUCACCUUUGGCUCUAGCAAACCACUUCCUAGCCAAAUUCAGAGAAGCUUUUUUGUGAUCAAAGCAGAGCGAUUACUGUUAAUGGUUUUGUUAAGAUGCAGAAACCUGCCAACAUGUUCACUGAAUCAUCAAUUGAUUCACUACUUUCAUUCUCUCUCCUCUUCAUCAUCUCUGUCGAUUCACCAACACCCACAGAACGAUCUUUUGCGUUGCAACUCGAGGAUCCGAGAGUUAUUGAGAAACAGAAGAGUAGGAGAAGCUCGAAAUAUGUUCGACGAAAUGGCUCAACGAAAUUCCAUUACUUGGAAUUCUAUGAUUACAGGGUAUUUUCGAAAUGGACAAGUUGAAGAAGCAAAAUUACUUUUUGAUAGUUUUGCUGGAAAAAACAUUAGAACUUGGACAACUAUGGUUUCUGGGUACACGAACAAUGGUAAACUUGAAGAAGCUCGGCGAGUAUUUAAUUUGAUGCCGGAAAGAAAUGUAGUUAGUUGGAAUGCUAUGAUUAAUGGGUAUGCUAAAUAUGGGGAUUUGAAAUCAGCUAGGAUUUUGUUUGAUGGAAUGCCAGAGAGAGAUACCAAGUCAUGGAAUACGAUGAUAACUGGGUAUAGUCAUUGUGGUUUGUUGAGAGAAGCUCGUGAGUUAUUCGAGCAGAUGCAAAAUAAGGAUAUAGUGUCAUGGUUGGUGAUGAUUUCGGGCUACGUUCGUAGUAAUGAUCAUGUUGAAGCAUGGAAUAUGUUUUCGAAGAUGCAUCAUGGUGGUGUGAGACCUGAGCAGUCCAUUUUUGUUGUUACCCUUUCGGCUAUAACAGGAUUGAAUAGUCAAACAUUGAUCAAGAUGCUGCAGACAGUAGCUAUCAAGACUAAUUUUGAGAGAGAUGUGAAAGUGGGUACCGCGAUAAUGAAUGCCUAUACAAAAACUGGAAAACUAGAGCUGGCUUUGGAUUUUUUCAAGACCAUGUCUCAAAGAAAUGAAUUUACUUGGACCACGAUCAUUGGGGCGUUGUCAAAAAGCGGAAGAUUGGAAGAUGCUAUUGCAAUGUACAAUCAAGCUCCAGAGAAAAAUGUUCCUACUCAAACUGCACUGCUGACUGCAUUUGCACAGCAUGGGAAAAUCCAUGAAGCUAGACGUAUUUUUGAAGAAAUAAAAAAUCCAAAUGAGAUCACUUGGAACGCAAUGGUUACUGGAUAUGCACAGAGUGGGAUGCUUGAAGAGGCAGGUAUGAUUUUUCAAAGCAUGCCUGUUAGGAAUAUAGAAUCUUGGGCAACCAUGAUUUCUGGGUUGUCACAAAAAGGCCAGAGUGAAGAAGCUUUGAAUCUGUUAGCCGAGCUUCAUAGAUCAGGAAUGGUGCCAAAUCACUCCACUUUCACUAGCUCUCUUUAUGCCUGUGGCAAUAUUGACUCUCUUGAGGUAGGUAGACAAAUCCAUACUCUUACUGUUAAAACAGGUUGCCAGUUCAACUCAUAUGUAGGAAACGCAUUGAUUUUGAUGUAUUCUAAGUGCAGAAAAAUGGAAGAUGUCCAUCAGGUUUUCAAUACAAUGAGAGUUAAAGAUAUUGUAUCUUGGAACACUAUGGUAUCAGUCCUUUCUCAUAAUGGCAAGUUGGUUGAUGCGCGUACUGCUUUCGAGAAAAUGCCCCAACGUGAUAUUGUUUCUUGGACUGCUAUGAUGUCUGGAUAUGCACAAGCAAGACUUGGGUAUCUUGCAUUCGGUCUCUUUCUUGACAUGUUUGCAUCAGGAGUUAAUCCAGAUCAGUCAUCUCUAACUGCCCUUCUUAGUACAUGUGCGGACUUAGGUGUGGCGAAGCACGGUAAACAAAUCCAUGCACUAGUAUUCAAAUUGGGCCUGGAUUUUGGAAUCUCCAUUGGUAAUGCUUUGAUAUUUAUGUAUUUCAAGUGUGGUUGUGAGGACGGAUUUCAAGUGUUUGAUGAGAUGCCUGAUCGAGAUGUAGUUUCAUGGAAUUCCAUUAUUGAUGGUUCUGCUGAAAAUGGGUUUGGAAUGAAAGCUGUCGAGCUCUUUGAACAAAUGAAGUCUGAAGGUACAAGGCCUGACCAGAUUAGCUUCGUGUGCAUUUUAUGUGCCUGUAGUCACGCAGGAUUCAUCGACAAAGGCUGGGCUUACUUCAAUUCCAUGAAUAGAGAUUAUGGAAUCAUGCCACUCGAGCCUCAUUAUGCAUGUAUGGUAGAUCUUCUUGGCCGAGCUGGGCACCUUUAUUCUGCCGAGGACUUCAUCGAAAACAUGCCUAUUGAACCAGACUCCAUUGUGUGGAAAGCUCUUCUUGGUGCUUGUAGGAUUCAUCAAAAUGUUGAACUUGGGCGUAGAGUUGCAGAAAAACUAUUUCAGUUGGAGCCACAUAAUUCAGGCAUUUAUAUAUUGUUAUCGAACAUUUAUGCAUCUUUAGGGAUGUGGAAAGAAGUAGGAGAAGUCCGAACCUUGAUGAGAGACCGAGGUGUAAGAAAGGAACCAGGAUUCAGCUGGAUUCAGAUCAAGCACAUAACCAGUUAUUUUGUUAACGGGGAUAAGACCCAUGAUCGGGCAGAAGAGAUUUUUUCGACCUUGAGGGAGUUUGUUGAGCGCCUAAAGGAAUACGGAUAUGUUCCUAAUACGCAUUUUGUUCUUCAUGACAUUGAAGAGGAGCAGAAGGAAAAUGCUCUCUUGUACCACAGUGAGAAACUAGCAAUCUCUUAUGGUAUCUUGAACACGCCAGAUGGAAGUUCAAUCCAGAUUAUGAAGAACCUUCGAAUUUGUGGUGAUUGUCAUACUUUUACAAAGUUACUGUCUAAAUUUACUGAAAGAGAGAUCAUUAUACGAGAUAAUAAAAGGUUCCACCAUUUUAGAGAUGGCUCGUGUUCUUGCGGAGAUUAUUGGUAAAAAUAUUGUCUUGGGUCUUUGAAGAUUAUCAUUGCAUCAUAACCAUAAUUUUUUCCUGUAAACAUGGUUUAAAUGGCGGAUGCCGAUUUUGCUUGAGGGAAACAAGGUCAAGCAAUUGUUAAUGAACCUAGAUGUUGCUGAGGUGAAUCAAAUGCAGAAUACGUUAACUGUCAGAAAAGAAUGAAACCACAGUUGAUGAGUAUUGAGGCAAGAGUUGCUGCUUGGACUUCCCUUCCAGAAGAAAUGGGGAGGCCAUGCAAGUACUGCAGUAUGCGAAUGGUUAAAACUAUGAGCCACAUUAUGGCUAUUUCCAUGAUAAGGGGCAACAACUGAAGGAUGAAUCUUGAUCAGACAGUGCCAAAAAGGCAUAUGCAGAUACACUGUCAGGCCUUUAGGUUGUAAAACUUGUAUAGUACAUAUGAGAUCGUAGAACCUAUAUUUUGUGCUUAGUAAUUUGUAAUCCCAUUUUUGCUGAUAGUACAUUGAGAGAGUUUAAGAAGUUGGGGGAAGUAAACACAGCAGCAGAAAGUUGGCUGAUAAUUUGUGCUUUGUAAUUUCCUUUUUCCUCAUAUUGAAUUCGGGAGGUUACAGCUGGUUAA